CUGACCGCGCAGUUCCUCUCGCUCUGGGUAUUUGAAAUCGGCGUGCGGAGCCCGGCUGCAGUGAGAGCAUCACAACCACAUCUCAAUCCUACGCUGACUCACAGUCAAGCAAGUCACGACAUCAUCAUGGAUUUAAAUGAUGCAAACCUUCAAUCACUCAUGGAGUUCCUCAGGAAAACUCUUGAUCCUGAUCCAUUAGUAAGACGACCAGCUGAAAAGUUCCUCGAGUCCGUUGAAGGAAAUCAGAAUUACCCUGUAUUGCUUCUUACUUUACUGGAGAAAUCCCAAGACAAUGUAAUCCGUGUAUGUGCUGCGGUUACGUUCAAGAAUUACAUCAAGAGGAACUGGCGCAUAGUUGAAGAUGAACAAAACAAAAUCUCUGAUCCGGACCGGACGACAGUCAAAGCCAACAUAGUGAACUUGAUGCUGAGGAGCCCGGAACAAAUUCAGAAACAGCUGAGCGACGCCAUCAGCAUUAUUGGAAGAGAAGACUUUCCCCAGAAGUGGCCUGACCUUUUAACAGAGAUGGUGACCCGCUUCCAAAGUGGAGAUUUCCAUAUCAUUAACGGAGUCCUCCGAACCGCACAUUCCCUCUUCAAGAGGUAUCGUCAUGAGUUUAAGUCCAAUGAGCUUUGGCUGGAAAUAAAACUGGUCCUUGACACAUUUGCUGCACCUCUGACGGAGCUUUUCAAGGCCACCAUUGAGUUGUGUCAGACUCACGCCAAAGACAUCAACGCCCUGAAGGUCCUCUUCUCCUCUCUCACACUGAUCUCCAAGCUCUUCUACAGUCUCAACUUCCAGGAUCUACCAGAGUUCUUUGAAGACAACAUGGAGACCUGGAUGUCCAAUUUCCACAAUCUGUUGACUUUGGAUAACAAGCUAUUACAGACCGACGACGAGGAAGAGGCGGGUCUCCUUGAGAUGUUGAAGUCUCAGAUCUGCGACAACGCCGCUCUGUACGCUCAGAAGUACGACGAGGAGUUCCAGCCGUUCCUGCCCCGCUUCGUCACCGCGAUCUGGAACCUCCUGGUGUCCACCGGCCAAGAGGUCAAGUAUGACCUGCUCGUGAGCAAUGCCAUCCAGUUUUUGGCCUCCGUUUGUGAAAGGCCGCACUACAAGAACCUCUUUGAGGACCAGAACACCCUCACAAGCAUUUGCGAGAAGGUCAUCGUGCCCAACAUGGAGUUUAGAAGUGCUGAUGAGGAAGCCUUCGAAGACAACUCAGAGGAGUACAUCCGUAGGGACCUCGAAGGAUCCGACAUCGACACUCGCCGCAGAGCUGCUUGUGACCUGGUGCGGGGUCUGUGUAAAUUCUUUGAGGCUCCAGUCACAGCGAUCUUUUCGGGCUACGUGAACUCCAUGUUGGCAGAGUACGCCAAAAACCCUGGCUUGAACUGGAAGCAUAAAGACGCUGCUAUUUACCUCGUCACGUCGCUAGCGUCUAAAGCUCAGACGCAGAAGCAUGGAAUUACACAAGCCAACGAGCUGGUGAAUCUUACAGAAUUCUUUGUCAACCACAUCAUCACAGACCUAAAAUCACCAAAUAUAAAUGAGUUCCCGGUGCUGAAAGCAGACGCGAUCAAAUACGUCAUGAUCUUCAGAAGCCAGCUCCCCAAGGAGCAGCUCCUGCAGGCGGUUCCCCUGCUCAUGGCUCACCUGGAGGCCGAGAGCGCGGUGGAGCACACGUACGCUGCCCACGCCCUGGAGAGGUUGUUCACCAUGAGGGGCCCCAACAACACCACACUCAUCACACCAGGAGAAAUGGCUCCAUUCACAUCACAGCUGCUCAACAAUCUGUUCAAGGCCCUCUCGGUGCCCGGCUCUGCAGAGAAUGAAUACAUCAUGAAAGCCAUCAUGCGCAGCUUCUCCCUCCUGCAAGACGCCAUCGUCCCCUAUAUCCCUACCCUGAUCGAUCAGCUCACACAAAAGCUCCUCUUAGUCAGCAAGAAUCCCAGCAAGCCCCACUUCAACCACUACCUGUUUGAGUCCCUGUGCCUCUCCAUCCGGAUCACCUGCAAGGCCAACCCCAGCACCGUGGGUAGCUUUGAGGAGGCCCUUUUCCCCGUGUUCACGGAGAUCCUUCAGAACGAUGUCCAGGAGUUUGUCCCGUACGUGUUCCAGGUGAUGUCCCUCCUCCUGGAGAUCCACUCGGACUCCAUCCCCUCCUCCUACAUGGCGCUGUUCCCCCACCUGCUGCAGCCCGCGCUGUGGGAGCGAGCCGGGAACAUCCCCCCUCUGGUUCGCCUGCUCCAGGCCUACCUCGAGAAGGGCGCUCCCACCAUCGCCAGCUCUGCUGCCGAUAAAAUACCCGGACUGCUCGGAGUCUUCCAGAAGCUUAUUGCCUCCAAGGCCAACGACCACCAGGGCUUCUACCUCCUCAACAGCAUCAUCGAGCACAUGCCCCCAGAAUCCAUCAUGCAAUACAGGAAACAGAUCUUUAUUCUGCUCUUCCAAAGGCUACAGAGUUCCAAAACUACCAAGUUCAUCAAAAGUUUCUUGGUGUUUAUCAACCUCUUCGGUGUCAAAUACGGAGCUAUCGCCCUGCAGGAGAUCUUUGACAGCAUCCAGCCAAAGAUGUUUGGCAUGGUCCUGGAGAAGAUCAUCAUUCCUGACGUACAGAAGGUGUCUGGCCCGGUGGAGAAGAAGAUCUGCGCCGUGGGCAUCACAAAAAUCCUCACGGAGUGUCCCGCCAUGAUGGACACGGAAUACACCAAGCUCUGGACCCCUCUGCUCCAGGCCCUCAUCGGGUUCUUCGAGCUGCCGGAGGACGACAGCACGCCCGACGACGAGCACUUCAUCGACAUCGAGGACACCCCCGGCUACCAGACGGCCUUCUCCCAGCUGGCCUUCGCCGGCAAGAAGGAGCAUGACCCCAUCGGAGACUCCAUGGGCAACCCCAAGAUCCUGCUGGCCCAGUCCCUCCACAAGCUGUCCACCGCCUGUCCCGGCCGGGUCCCCUCCAUGCUGAGCAGCAGCCUGAACGCAGACGCCCUUCAGUUCCUGCAGGGAUACCUGCUGGCAGCGUCGGUGCAGCUGGUUUAGAACCACAGCGUGUUGUCUAGCCCAGAACACACUGCGCACAGAGCAGACGGCUCCAAGGCUCGUUUCAACCAAAGGCCCCACGGACUACACUGGUGGAGCUUGACAUGGGAUGGAUUUAUUGGGAUGUGGCUUGUUCUGCUUGGAGGUCAAUGUUCCCUGUUGACUUUUUUUUUUAAAGAGCUUUUAAAAAAACGCAGUGCAAAAAAGAAACGGGAAAUUAAAUUUGACUUGUUGAGUUUCUGGUUUGGUUGGGGUUGCGCGUGCUGUGGAAAUUGCAGGGCAGAGUUAAUUCAUGGUAUUUUUAGUAUCAUGUUUUGAUAUAUCAAGUGUGUUCAAGAUCAUCUGAACUGAGUUGACUCAGUAUUCUUAAACAACCAUUUGAAGAGGUUUGGUGUCCUAUCAGAUUUCAUUGGAUUGCUUUACACUUCUUUGGAAGACUCAAAUCUCCAUAAAUAUAAUUUCUCACCUCUUUUCUGCAUGUCCCUUGUAGAUUUGUGUGUUUGUCCUUCAUUUUGGCACUGUCUGUUAUUGUGAUUAAAGAGAAGCACUUGUAUAGAG